UUGUAUUAAGGAAAAAUAUAAAUUAGGUUUUUUUUAUAGAGAAGUCGACCAGAGAAACGAAGAAGAAAAAGGAAGAAGAAGAAGAUGGGAAAGCAACCAGUGAGGCUGAAAGCGGUGGUGUACGCUCUUUCUCCGUUUCAGCAGAAAGUGAUGCCGGGUCUUUGGAACGAUCUGCCUUCUAAGAUCCACCACAAGGUCUCCGAGAAUUGGCUCAACGCUACCCUCCUCCUCACCCCUCUCGUCGGAGUCUACACGUAUGUUCAGCAGUAUCAAGAGAAGGAGAAGUUAUCUCACAGGCACUGAAGUUUCGGAUGAAGAACUGAACCUUCUCCCCCCUUUUCUUUCAUGUGCAAAUAAUAACCAUUGCAAUUGCAAUUGCAGUUCAGUUCAGUUGCUCAAACAUAUCUUAUUUUGUCACUUAGUUUUGUUUAUGAAUUUAAGUUUUAUUGGCUGUUUCAGCAUAUGGAUAUAAGAUGUUGAUUUGAGUUUGGUAUGGCCAACAAAUAUAUUCUUUGAAUGUCCUAUUCUUAUUGAUUGAUUAAUAUAACUAUCUGUGGUGUUCUUUAA